GUGGGCUUCUCGUGGAUUCCAAAUGCAAAACCGUUCAGAGAAAUCGCCAUGUAGUCAUUUAUAACGAAUCAAUACCCGGAGAGUGUAAACCUCGGCAGAACCGAAGAAUGGGAGUAGGGUUUCCAAUCCAAAUGCGGACAUCUCUGCUAUCCUUGCCGGAAGAACUCAAAAUUGAUAUACUGAUGAGAUUACCAAUAGAAUCUCUGAUUUGUUUAAGUGCUGUGAGUAAACCAUGGCUCUCAUACCUCACCAGUUCUGAAUUCGUCUCUGCACACCUGUCUGAAGGAGCUACCAAGCAGUUCUUCUUUGCAACUACAACCGGUAGAAACCGCCGUUUCGCUCUAAUCAAAGAUGGCGACAGAGUCGACCGUGAUCUCACGGUACAGUUCGUACCAAUCAUCAAACCUGAUCAGCAAUUCCAAGAUAGGUUUUCAAUAUCUUUCCAUCCUUGUGAGGCCACGGGGAUCGAAAUUGUGGGCAGCUUUGAUGGAUUGCUUUGCUUAACCUUUACCCACCCAAAUUCUCACCCCUCAAUUAUAUUAUGGAACCCUUCUAUCCGAAGACAUGUGUUGUUACCGCCUCCCUCCAUUCACACUCCAAGGAGAGGUGGUAAUGGAAUUGGAUUUUGUGUUGCCAGUGACGGUGAUUAUAGGGUUGUGUGGGUCCAUGAAAGGCAUUGGGUCGAGGAAAGGCAUGCAAAUAGUGCUAUGUCGGUUGAAAUCUACUCUCUCAAUUCGGGAAAAUGGAGGAUUAGACGAUUUGAUGAUGAUUUGUUUCCUACAAGAUGGUUGCUGAGUGGUCAAGCUUUUGUAGGAGGUAAGAUGCAUUGGCUUGGAUGUCAGUAUGAUGAGGGUUGGACGAUUGAGUCUGAUUAUGCAUACGAAAUGUGCGAUACUCGGGACAAUUGUUCAAUCACUUCAUUUCACAUAGAUGAAGAGGUAUUCGGAGACGUACCACUCCCAAAUAGAUUUAAACGUUUUGACUGGCCUGCAAGGCAAUCUAUUGCUGUGGUUAAGGAUUCACUGGGUUUGAUAGAUAUGACUGACCCAAUAUGUUGUGACAUCUGGGUAAUGCAAGAUUAUGGUAAUGUGAACUCCUGGGCUAUGCUAUAUUCCAUUGGUUAUCCAGAUUAUGAUGAUAAAAGAUUACCCUUAAUGGAUGCAUUAAACACUUGGAAGAAUCCAGGAGUUUCUGCCGGCGCACACCAAUCGUUCUCAUUCAUGGACCAUGAGGCCUUUGUGGUGUAUGGGGAAUAUGGUGAUAAUAGAUUUGAGUAUGUAGCAAAGUAUGUGGAAAGCCUUGUUUUACUCGGACACAAAGAUGCCGUUGCGGACGUGCAUUUGCUUCAGGCUACUGCAGAGCACAUGGCGGAGGAGAUUGCAGGUGAUGGACAAGAAAACUAGGGAAGGUUUGACAAACUUCUAGCUUGCUUUCAUACUUUAAUCAUUUAAUAUAAAGAACGAAUUUUGAAAUAUUUACGUUUUAGAGAGUCAGCACAUACCAAGUGAUAUUUACUAAAUGUCAUUUUAUCUCUAUAACAGUUAACUUCAAUAGACUCAAUACAUCAAAUGCUUCCUAUAUCUUUCUAGGCCAUAUAGCAUUGAAUUAGAAAAAAUCAAUAUGUGCAUGGCUGCAUGCUAGAUUGAUACGUAGUAUAGUACACAAUAUGUAUGAACUUCUUCUAGAAGAAUUAAUUUGGGGUGAACUGUAUUGGCUAAAAUUAAAAUAGUUUAGGGCAGAUGACUUAAAAAAACCAACACGACAUUGUUUGUACUGUGGAAAUUAUAGCAUGUACCCCAAUUUUUCAUUGAAAAUUAACCUUGUACUGUCCUGAGAAUCAAUAAUAUAUUCAUCCUAAAAUUAAAGUUUAUAUCUCACUUUUUCGUCCAAUUUGGAGAUUGCGCCCUGCUACCCUAUUUUAGCACCUCCAUUGAUUUUUCAGGGUGCAAAAUAGAUUUUGUUAUUAGAAUGGGGUGCAAACUCAAAUUUGGACGGGAAAAUGGUGUCCAAUGUCCCAAGUCUACCCUCCUAAUGCUAUUUGGGACAGUGGUAGUACCGUAGUAUUAAUGGCCACAAAUGUUGUGGAUUUAUUAUCCUCUCAUAUAGUUUCAUGCGAAUUAAUGCCUUUGAAACGAAUGAUUGCCUUUGCUACAUAAUUUGUUUAUUUCUUAUGUUGCUGAAAUGCUACUGAAUAAUUCUUAGGGUUCUUAUAUCCCACAAGUCCACAACAGUUCCUUUUGUUGAUAUCUGUUGUUCUCUUAGCCUUGAUGUAGCUUUAAUCUGUAUGCAUCUGUGAGUUUCUUCUUCUGGGAGAUGGUUGGUUGUACCCUGUAUCUUUUUCUCAAAAUUAAAAAUAUUAAAGCAACACCUUUGGUCUGUAGUACCUUGACCCGUGUGUUAUUCUAGACUUCCUUUAUUUUCUGGCAUAUCAACUGCAGAGAUUUAUAUACCUCCAGUAUGUGAGACAUGGAAUGACAUCAUACGUAACCAUUAUUGAGAUAGGAAAUUCUAAAAUGUUAAAUAUGGAGUUUUAAAAUAGUACUACGUAUAAAUGAUUUAAUCGUGUCUCUGGAAUGUGGAGUAGAGCUUUUCCGAUGCUAGUAGCACUGUAAGGUGGGCAUGGUCGGUUAACCGGAUUUUGGUUAACCAAUUUUCGGUUAACUGCGAUGUUGGUUAAUAUAUUGUUAGUAUCAUUAUCUGUUCCAUAACAUUGGUUUACCGGGUAUAAGUUAACUAUAAUUUCGGUUAACCGCUAAUCAGUUAACCAAAGAACCAUGAAAAAGAAAAGAAUAAAUCCAUCAAAUUAAUCAACAUCUGUUUCGUUAAAAAAAUAUUAGUCCAAGAUUAAAUUAGAAACUUUUGCAGCAUCAAUUCUCAAGCUUCCAAACUUUAGUUAGUCUGUAUAACUAGCUAUUUAUUAUCUUUCGAUGUGUACUACGGAGUAUUACUUUUCCAUACUAUAUGUUCCUAUAUCUAUGAUAUUUUACAGUUAUACCGUGUAUACAGUAUACGUAUGUUACUUAAGAAAAUAUAUACUCCAUACAUGUCAGUAGCUUAGCAUUAGUCUAGAAGUAUAUUCUUUCCACUAGAGCUAUGUAACUGAUUGUAAAGUGUAUAUUUCAAUACUGAUAUGAAGUGGACUGCAUGUGAAGUUACGGUGAUCGGAACCGUAGAAGAUAAUUUUAAUAUCGUAACCGUACCGCUAACCAUAUUUUCCUCCGGGUUGGUUAGCCGUACUGUGAGUUUUAAAAAUUCGGUUCGGUUAACCGGAAAAACACCGGUUUUCCGGUUCGGUUAAUCGGUUAUUGUAGCAGAGUUACCUCAGAUAGUCCAUCCUGUGGUGUCAAUAGUGCAGCAUUUUACUGAUAAGUCUGAUAUCAUAUUUCAUUUCUUAUGACCUCAAAAGGUUAAGCUUAUUUAUAUAUCUGUAAAUACUUAUUUAAGAAAUGGCUGACAAUUUUCUAAUAUUUGUAAUAUUGUUGUAUUGUACUUCAUGCAUUUUCAGGACUUUCUGGAGGCAGAUGCAGUAUAUAAAUGUAACUGAACUAGGUGUGAUAUUGUCAUGGUAUGUGGUUGAAAGCUGGUUGCUUGGGAUUUCAAAGCUUGUUGCUUGGGAUUUCAAAGCUGUUAUCUUCAUUUCAGCUGCCAGAACAUGUUUUGUUUUUUGCAACAAUGGUGAACAGUGUAAUUGUACCAGAUUUUUAAUGAUAUCAGGAGGUUUCACCAAAUUUAACCUGUACUGUAUUGAUGGUAUUGCAGCUACUUGAAGUUGAAAUUAAUGGUACUAUAAGCAGCUGUUUUUUUGUUUGGGAAAUUUGAUUGAAAUACAGAUUUUGUAUUGUUGAAAUAUCACUGUUUUGCGAAGGAUUGGAAUAUGUUUUGAUUCAA